AUGACUGCCAAGGCCCAUGGCCUGGAAGAGGAAUGCCAGUCGAUUCUAGAGGCAACUGGAAUCACAGAGGACCAGCUCACGCUUCCGGACCACCUUGGCGGCUCUUUGACGCCACCAAAGCCGGUCGUCCCGACCUACCAGGCCAACUGGCCGUCCAAGGGUACCUCUGUGUCCUUCUUCGAGAAGGCACUCCUUGGCCAAGUUGAGGGCUUGUCGCUCGAGGACGAGCCGUCAGCGGCUGCCAAUGGUGCCGAUGCCUUUGGCGAGGAUGAAGCUGACGGAGGUGAUGCCAAGAAGAAUGGCAACCUGAUGGACGUGGACGACGAUGAGGAUGUUGCUGGUUGGGACAUGGGUGAUGAUAUUGUCGCUGACCAUGAUAACGACUUUGUCAACGUCGAAAGCGCAGACGCUGGCGGUGCUGGCAGCAGCGAGGCGGAUCUCUGGGCCCGCAAUUCGCCGCUGGCUGUCGACCAUGUUGCCGGUGGCUCCUUUGAGACGGCCAUGCAGCUUCUUAACCGCCAGGUGGGUGCUGUCAACUUCGCACCACUGAAGCCGCGCUUCCUGGAGGUUUACCAGGCGUCGAAGACGUACCUGCCUGCGUCUGCCGGCCUGCCGUCUCUGGUCAACUACGUUCGCCGCAAUGUGGAGGAGUCUGAUCCAAGGAAGGUGCUGCCCAUCAUCCCGCGCGACCUGGAGUUCUUGGUUGAGAAUGACCUGCAGCGCGGCUACGACGCGAUGAAGAGCAACAAGCUGGAGGAUGGCAUCAAGACGUUCAAGAGCAUCCUGCACUCGGUCCUGAUCAACGCGGUGUCGAGUGAGUCUGAGGUUGACGAGGCCAAGAAGCUGAUCACCUCUGCGAGCGAGUAUGCUGUGGCGAUGAGCAUUGAGCUGGCACGGAGAAACUUGGGCGCGAACGAUGUUGUCGCCAAGGACCCCAAGCUGCUGAAGCAGAGUCUGGAGCUGUCCGCGUACUUUACCAUCCCCAAGAUUGAGGUCCCUCAUCGGCAGCUCGCCCUGCUCAACGCCAUGAACCUGGCGGCACGCAACAAGAACUACAACUCGGCCCUUAGCUUCGCUAACCGGAUACUGGCCAACGGCGGUUCUGGUCGUAUCCUGGAGACGGCCAAGAAGACCAAAGCGCAGUGCGAGCGUAACCCGAAUGACGCGAUCGACAUUGAGUUUGACCAGUUUGCCGAGUUUGACGUGUGCGCGGCCAGCUUCACGCCCAUCUACAGCGGCACGGCAUUCGAGGAGUGCGCUUUUGAUGGCUCCAAGUACCACUCCAAAUACAAGGGCUCGGUCUGCCGCAUCUGCGGCGUCUGUGAGAUUGGCAAGCACGGCAGCGGCCUGAAGCUGUUUGCCUAA